AUGGUCGCAGAAGUCCCGGAAAACACGCCGUGGGUUGCGGCGAGAUCAUCGGAAGCAGGAAUGUCGGUUGAAAAAUCUACGGAGUUGCGAGGAUCGAGAGCAUCCCUGCUCUUUCACGGCGCGUCUGACGUGGCGAGAUCUCUGCCGCACGUUGGGUGCGGUGCAGACGCGUGGGCGACAAGCAGCUGUCGAGAAGCAAUGGCGGCGCCGCCUUUGCUGGUCAGCCGCUCCCCUUGGUCCCUUUAUCCUCACCUCACAUCACCACUAGGCCCUUCACCUCCGCCACCCUACGCCCCGCUUCCCGCUUCUUUUGUCCUUCGACCCGCACUGUCCUCGCUAAGCACUGCUCCAGUAACGGCCAUAACUACGGCCACACGCCCGUACGCACCACACCUGGCUGUGCCUUUCACGAGUAGCGCGGAUGGCAGGCCAGGGGGAAGCGCCGGGGCAGGCGGGGGCAGUGUAGCGGCAGCAGCGGCAGCAGGUGGCGCGGAAGGAAAGGCGGCUCUCGCUGUGCCUGGGCUGGGGGAAGCGAAGGAGGGUGCUGCGAUCGUAGCCAAGAAAGGGGAAGCAGGGGGGGCAGCGGCAGGCCCAGGGAAGGGUGGGGCGGGGGAGGCGGUAGCAGGAGGAGGGCAGGGCGGGGAGGAGGCGUCGGACAUGGCGAUUCUGAGCACGCUGGCGCAGUACCUCUGGCCCAAGGACAACCCCGACUACCGCCGCCGUGUUGCCGCUGCCCUCACCCUGCUCGUCUCUGCAAAGCUGUUGAACAUCCAGGUGCCGUUCCUCUUCAAGCAUGCCAUAGACAGCCUGUCAGCAGCAGCGGGGGCCACGGGCGCCACAGCGGCGGCAGCAGCAGCCACGGCAGCGUCGGACCCGCUCUUCUUCGCGCUCUUCACCACGCCCUCCGCCAUGCUGCUGGGAUAUGGCCUUGCGCGUGCUGGCGCCUCUGCGUGCAAUGGUGGGGCUUGUGAGCUGCGCAAUGCGGUGUUUGCGAACGUGGCGCAGGGCACCAUCCGCAAAGUGGCGAGGCAGGUGUUCCUGCACCUGCACGACAUGGACCUCUCCUUCCACCUCAGCCGUCAGACGGGGGCGUUGAACCGAACGAUAGACCGGGGCACGAGAGCCAUCAACUUCAUCCUCUCCUCCAUGCUCUUCAACGUCUUCCCCACGCUGCUCGAGGUCCGCUUCCCUCCCCUCCCCUCAUGCUCCUCUCUGCCCCAGCGCUGCCCCGCCACGCGUCCUGCGCUUAUCGGGCUGGUAUCCAGCAUCCUGGCAUACAAGUUUGGUCCCUCCUUCGCUGUUGUCACAGCAGCAACAGUCACAGCGUACACUGUGUUCACCCUUGGAAUCACGCAGGUGCACCUCUCAACCCACCUCACACUCAAUAACCCCUCUCCUCAUCCAUCCUCUCCAUCUCUACUUGUGGCUUUCCUCCCCUCCUCCCUCCUUUCUCAUAUUUUUCCCUCUUCACUUCUCCCUUUCCCUCCCCUCUCCCCUUUCCUCCCCUCUCCCUUCCUCUCCCUUCUCCCCUCCCCUCCCCUCCCCUCCCCUUCCCUCCCCUCCCCUCCCCUCCCCUCCCCUCCCCUCCCCUCCCCUCCCCUCCCCUCCCCUCCCCUCCCCUCCCCUCCCCUCCCCUCCCCACACCCGUCCCCUGCCUUCGCUGGUCCCCCCGGGAGCGUGAAUGCUUGGCAGUGGCGCACCAAGUUCCGGCAGCAGAUGAACAAGGCGGACAACGACAGCAGCUCGCGCGCCAUCGACUCCCUCAUCAACUACGAGACAGUGAAGUAUUUCAAUAACGAGGAGCACGAGGCCGCCAUGUACGACACCUUCCUCAAACGGUACGAGGUAGCAGCGCGCAAGACGCAGAGCAGCCUAUCGCUGCUCAACUUCGGGCAGAACGCCAUCUUCAGCGCUGCGCUCGCAUACACCAUGGUCAUGUGCGGCCAGGGGAUUGCUGCCGGCCACAUGACCAUCGGCGACCUCGGGAGAAAGGGAAUGAGUGGGGGGGAAGGAGGGGAUUUGGAGAAGCAGGGAGAUGGGAUCUGGGUGAUGGUGAACGGGCUGCUGUUCCAGCUGUCGCUGCCGCUCAACUUCCUGGGCAGUGUGUACCGGGAGACGCGCCAGAGCCUCAUAGACAUGCACCACAUGUUCUCGCUGCUGCAGUUGAAGCCAUCAGUGUCGGACAUACCGGAUGCGCGCCCUCUGGAGCUCAAGGACAGCAGCAUCUCUCUCGAGGGCGUUACCUUUGGCUACCAUGACGAGAAGCCAAUUCUGAAUGGCGUGUCACUGCACGUGCCUGGAGGGAAGAGCCUCGCCAUCGUUGGUCCCAGUGGCAGCGAUUUUCCUCCCACUGGCCCUCCCCCAUUCUACCCCAUCUCGUCAUUCCCCACCUCUUUUUUCCCCCCAUGUCCUGCUUUCUUCUCGCCUUCUUUCUUCCUUCUUUUUCCCUUCUUUUCCUCUCUCCCCGCUCACCCCUCCUCUCUCCGCUCGCUCGUCCCUCCAUCGCGCCUGCAGGUCCUGUUCAACGACAGCAUCAUGUACAACAUCCGUUACGGCCGCCCAUCAGCCACCGACGAGGAGGUGUACGAGGCGGCGCGGCAGGCGGCCAUUCACGAGCAGAUCCUGGAGUUCCCCAAGGGCUAUGAUACCAUGGUGGGGGAGCGCGGGCUCAAGGUGCGUGAGAACCAUGAGGAUAGUUUCUUUGUGCUGAACGCAUUCACCCAGCUGUCCACCUUCCCCAAGGGCUACGACACCAUGGUGGGGGAGUGUGGGCUCAAGAUAAGUGGAGGGGAGAAGCAGCGAGUGGCACUCGCAAGAACGUUCCUCAAGGGAGCUCCCAUCCUGCUGUGUGACGAAGCCACGAGUGCGCUGGACAGUGUGACGGAGGGCGCCAUUCUCACGGCCCUGCAGAGCCUCGCUCGCAACCGCACCUCCAUCUUUGUCGCUCACCGCCUCACCACCGCCAUGCAGUGCGAUGAGAUCGUGGUGUUGGACGAGGGGCGCAUCAUAGAGCGUGGCAACCACGCAUCGCUGCUGGCACUCAACGGCACCUACGCUGACAUGUGGCGCCAGCAGAACCACCCGCACGGGGAGGAGGACGCAGGCGAGGGGGAGGAGGGAGGCGAGGGGGAGAUCCGUGGAGUUAGCGCGAGUGAGCAUGGUGGGGAUCGGUUGGCAGUGGUGCUGGGAGGGGAUGAUGAUGGGGUGGCGCAUGGUAAGGCGGACAAGGCAGGCAACGCCGCUGCUGGUGUGGAUGGCAACGGUCGGCCGAUAGUGCACGGCGCUGCUGCGAGGGCAUCGUAG